AUGGGCAUCACCUUGCCCUUCGAGCGGCAAAUGCAGCUGCUCUUGCUCUGCAGUCUGCGCCUGAAGAAGCUCACAGUGCUGAAAGAGCUGGACAAAGAGCUGAGCUCCGUUCUUAUCGCUGUGAAGAUCCAGGGUUCGAAGCGAGUUCUGAGAUCCAAUGAAUAUGUCCUCCCACCGGGCGGCCUGAUGGAGACUGAGCUGGAGCUGACAUUCUCCCUGCAGUACCCACACUUUCUCAAGAGAGAUGGCAAUAAACUGCAGAUCAUGCUGCAGCGGAGGAAGAGGUACAAGAACCGCACGAUUCUGGGCUACAAGACCCUUGCAGUAGGCAUCAUUAACAUGGCUGAGGUGAUGCAGCACCCAACUGAUGGAGGACAGCUGCUGGGCCUCCACAGCAAUAUGAAAGACAUGAACAUCCGGGUGGCUGAAAUCAGCAUCUACUCUUUGUCUAGCCAGCCCAUUGACCACGAGGAUGGCAGCAUCCCCUCAGGUCCUAAAAUCAAAGCUUCAGAUCGCUCCCCAGACAUCGAUAACUAUUCUGAAGAAGAGGAUGACAGCUUCUCCUCAGAGCAGGAAGCCAGUGAUGAUGCUGUACAGGGCCAGGAUCUGUUUGAUGAAGAGGACGAUUUGAGAAAAACCAAGAAGGCUAGGAGGAAAAUGAUCCGAACCACAUCGAUGACCAGACAACCAAACUUCAAGCAGAAAUUUGUGGCUUUGCUUAAGAGGUUUAAAGUGACAGAGGAGGUCCUGGACUCUGACCCCGUGGACCAGACCCAAGAGGUAGAGGAAGACCUGGGCUUGCUCUAUGAUAGCCUGGAAGAGUGCAACAACAGUGACAGCGGCCCAGAGAUUGAGGACAAUGAGAGUGUGCACAGCACGCCCAAGCCCACCCUGAGGCGUUUCUUUGAGGGAGUCUCUCAUUCUGGUUCCCAGACUGAGAUCGGCAGUCUGCACAGCCAGAAAGGGCAGGAGCGAGAGUCGGGCAGCCCUGUGAGUUACACCACCACCGCCGCCGCCGCCUCUCGACCCCUUCCCUCCCCGGGCACCCAUGCAUGCAGGUGUGACGUGACUGUGUGUGGCCCUUAGGAGCUGGCCACAGAGGAGCCAUGUCCCUGGCUGGCCCCCCCGGAGUCUGCCGUGCGGGAGGGCAGCGUGGACAGACUGGGCCCUGGAGCCAAAGCUGAGCUGCCCAGUGCCGUGUCGCCCAGCAAGACGGAGAGCAAGCAGCUGUGGCGUCCCCGCAGCACCUCCGUGAAAGACCGACAGAGUUCAAAGGGACAGGGUGGCCGCACCAGCAGCCUGGACAGCGAGAGCUCGCCUGACUCGUGGCACAGUGCCCAGGUGCCCCGCAAGUCUGUUUAUGAUCAGCUGAACCAGAUCCUGGUCUCGGACGAGCAGCUCCCGGAGAGCAUCGUGCUGGUGAACGUCUCUGAGUGGCAAGGGCAGUACGUUAGUGAGCAGCUCCAGGCCCACAAGCAGCUGGUCGUCUCCACCUGCUCCGUGGCAGACAUCCAGGCAGCCUUCAACACCACCGUAGCCCGCAUCCAGCGAUACUGUAACUGUAACUCCCACAUGCCUCCCCCAGUGAAGGUAGUCGUGGCAGGGGACCAGAGCUACCUGAGCGUCGUCCUCCGCUUCUUUGUGGAGCAGCUGGCCAGCAAGACGCCUGACUGGCUCAACUAUCUCCGCUUCCUCCUUGUGCCACUGGGCUCUCAUCCUCUUGCCAAGUAUCUGGCCUCAGUAGAUAACAAGUACAGCACCCUGUUCCUGGACACAGCCUGGCGGGAGCUGUUCAGCCGGGCUGAGCCACCCACCGCAGACACAGUGGACAUUGCAGGCCGCGUUGCCCAGUUCAUCGCUGGAGCUAGCCUCUCGCACCAGCUCCCCAUCUCCGAGGCCAUGCUGACAUACAAGCAGAAGAGCCCUGACGAGGACUCCUGCCAGAAGUUCGUGCCCUUUGUGGGGGUGGUGAAGGUGGGCUUGGUGGAGCAGUCCUUCAGUGCCUCUGUGGAUUCGGAUGAUGCCACAAUCUGCACACCCUCCCUGCUGAGCUCGACCCCAGCCACCAGUGGAGCAGUCCCCUACAGCAAGGAGACCGUGGGCACCCCGCCGCCCUCCCCCUCCAUCAGCAGCAGCCUCUCGGGUGCUGGGUCCCUGAGUCCCAGUGUGGAGGUGAUGGGCCUGCAGGUGGACUACUGGACAACACAAGGAUCAGACAGGAAAAAGGAGGGUGAGAAGCGAGAGACAGGCAUCAAGAACACACUCAAGAGCAACUUCCGCUCACUGCAGGUCAGCCGCAUCCCCAGCACAGGGGAGCUGCUGCCACCCAGCACCAUGGCCAUGACCGUGGUCACAAAGGAGAAGAACAAGAAAGUGAUGUUCCUGAGCAAGAAACCAAAGGAGAAGGACCUGGAACCCAAAAGCCAAGUCAUCGAAGGGAUCACACGCCUCAUCUGCACAGCCAAGCACCAGAACACCAUGUUGCGAGUCUCCAUAGAUGGGGUGGAGUGGAACGACGUCAAGUUUUUUCAGCUGGCAGCGCAGUGGCCAACGCAUGUCAAGUACCUCCCUGUGGGCAUCUUCGGCUACUCAAAGAGUGUGUGAGAUGCACGCAGCCCUGGGGUCAAGCUGCAGAGGGUUAUGGGAAGAGGUGGAGAGAUGGACGUACUCGUGCCCCCUCUUUUCUGCUGGGCAGCACCUGUGGGGGCUGCAGCCCAGCCCCUGCCUGCUCUGUGGCAGGGGACACCACCCCCGCACUGCUGCCCAAAGAUGAGGCCAAUAAGACUGGGUCCAGGUACCCUCCAAUGGCAGCCAGGGUGCCAUGCCCUCUCCCUCCCAUGUUCCCCGGACAGCAGCCCAGGGCAAGGGCUGGCACCAGCUAGGAGGGAUCUGGAAAGGGCUCGGGGCCUCCCUCACCCUAGCAGCGCCUGCUGGGCCAGCUCCGCAUCCAGCCAGGGUUCCAGCUGGGCUGGGCCCAGCCAGGUUCCCCGGCCCUGGAGCCAACAGGGUUGCUUCGGGUGGGGCUGGAGGGCAGACAGAGAGCAGGGCCUGCAGACAGCUCCAUCGAGGCAAGGUCCUCCCUCUGCACCGGCCCGGCACCAGUCCCCUCUGAAGGCCUCUCACUGCUGGAUCCGGGCCUGCCCUACUCCUGGUGGGGAUGGGGGGCUGAGCCCUGGCAGCUUUUCUAGUCCUUCUGUCACCCUCACACUUGGGCUGGUGAAGUGCUGCUGGGGCUGUCCCCAGGCUGCCAGGGCCACCCUUGUGUCCCCAUCCAUUCCCUGACCAGCCCAGCCCCAUGGUGCUGCCAGCUGGAGGCAUGGCAUGGGGGUACUUGUGUUUUUUUUUUCUUUUCUUUUUUUUACAAGAUUCUAUUUUUUUUAAAUUUAUUGU